AUGACGACUUCCUCGGCCUCUGUCAUUUGCCCGAUACCUCCAUUGCCAAAUAAGCGUGGGCAGGGAGCGAUCGGUGCGGAUCUCAUCAUCACCUACCAUUCCGACCUAGCCCAGUGCGAAAUCCUCCCAGCUGGCUCACGCUAUACGAAUGCAGGGAACUUCAAGGCUGGGACCUUCCUGCCUUUUAUUCAGCCUUCAUUCAUUCUCGACCUCUAUCCGCGCCUCCUCAUCGCCCGAAUUUUUCCAAACAAACUUACCUUCCAUGGCGUAAGUUUGGAUGGAUGGGAGACAGAAGAAACUGAAUCUGUGCAGGUUGCGCUGGCACUACCGCGUGAUGGCGGCUUGACUCCUAUUGUCCCUCGACUCCUCGAUGGUAGCGAUGAAAGUGCCCCCUGGCCAAACUCUUCAGCACAUAUAUCCCUUGCCGGCCCUGUCGAUCUAGAUACCUUCCAUAUCAAGGAGGAUGUCUGGCCAGAGCCGCUGAGCAAGACUUCGGUGUUCAUAAAGCUAGGUUCUUACUUAGUGCCAGAAAACGACCGCCCUCCUCACAAAGGCGUACACGUAUGCCACGUCCUCCUCCUCUUCCCCGUAGAGCAACAACCAUGGCAUUCUCUACUCGGGUGGAUGCGACAAGCUGUGAACCCCUUUCCUAAAGGGUCGUGGAUUGUAUGCAGCGGUCGCGUCUUGGGGGUCCUUAACCGCGACCUUAUCCAAGGCCCUCAAGUCGUCGAUUCCACCGUCCGGAUCUUAGUAAUUCUCCCCGACGAUUGGGAAUUCGUUCGACAGAGUACCCUGUCUACACAUAAUACAUACAUGCCCACAUCGUCGAAUCCUGUCAAUGAGUCGCCUACGCCACCACGACCAGCUGGCCCUGGGGGCGUUGCAAGCAGAAACCCAUUCUCGUCUCCAAUCCGCGGUCAAAAGCAGUCUCCGCAAAGGAAAGCUGCUUCCCCGACACUGCCAUCAAAGCACGGUUGUACGGAAGAUGGUUCAGACACAAAACAAAUGUUGGAUGACCAACUCGAUCCUACUUCCCCUACUCCCACACGUAAGAGGAAGCAACAAAGCACUCCUGAGCCAAUACGAAGCAAGAGAACCACAGCAAGAAAAAGGAGGGCACAGCUAUAUGACUAG